AUGCUUAUCUUGUCAUGUCGAGACAUUUGCAAAAAGACAACCACCUCGUAAAGAGAGAUAAGACUCCCCCUCAGUUCACUCUCUUGGAGAGAUUAUUUGGACCAAUCAGGUGAAAGGGGCCUUUGAUCUUUCCUUUUGGGCGAAAAAUCAACAAUCUCGCGUCAUUUUCAGAGAGUCAGUCCUCCCAAGAGGGUGGUGUGUAACCAACCUGUGAAUAUUUUGUCCGUUGGGGGACGGUAGCGAUAGACCAGAGUCGGACAUUCGUUUUCAUCAUCAGCCCGUCACAGCUUGUUCACUUGCCAAUCGCCAUUCUGUUGACACCCCUCGCUGACAUUUGCCCCGCUAGAAACCAUGGAGGAGGGUCGAGGACGACAGCCAUUGGUCUCCACUGGACGUGGUGGAGCAGGCAAUCUGUUGAGAUCCCCCAGUCGAGGUGUCGAUCCAGAGGUCCGUGUUGGAGAUGAACGAGGAAGAGAAGUCCGAAGGGACAUGUCUGUCGAGCGGGUGAUUCACUCGGGUCGUGGAGGGGCAGGUAACAUUCGAUCCCCAUCUCGAGAUACUCGUGACAGGGGUACCGAAGACAGAGAAGAUGCGCUUCAAGCUCGAUUGAUCGCGGAAGAAAGGGGACGUGCGCAUGGAGGUAUAUCGACUGGAAGGGGAGGCGUCGGCAACAUUGCUGGAAGGGACAAGUCUCGUUCGAGGUCCGCUGUGAGGGAUGUCGCGGACACGGACUCGACGACGCCGGGACGAAAGGGCGGCGCAUCAGAAGUUCAUGCGAGUGGAAGAGGCGGUUGGGGCAACAUCAAUGAGGAGAGGGAUUCGUUGGACGAAGAAAAGCUCGCGGCGCAGGAGAAGCACGAUGCUGAGAUCAGAAGCAAGCACCAAGCGGAUGAGGUGGGCAAGCGCAUUGCGAGUGGUCGUGGAGGAGGCGGAAACAUCUCGGCCGCUUCCCCUCGCCCGUCAGAUCAGACCAAGGAGCAACAGGAGGAGCAAGCAGCUCACGCAAAAGUCCACGCGCAAGAUAAACUGCGGGGCGUCAACACGGGACGAGGUGGCGCUGGCAACAUUCAUCGUGAGGCCAAUGGCGAUCAUGAACGAGGUCGUAAUAAGGUCAAUGGAGGUGGAGGUGGUGGAGGCAGUGUGCUCGGAAAUGUCUUCCGGAGUCUGUCUCGAGCAGCUCGAGGUGAUCGUGGAAAUGAGCGCAGCUCGGAGAGGGCAAAAGAUUGAGUAAACUGAGCUAAAUGGAUUGCGAUGUGUUCUAGAUUGUAUUCUGAGGGGUCCCCUUUGGCGAUUGUAAUGAGUCUGAUGGGUUGCGUGCGCACGCACGGGGAAUGUAUAGCUUCACUCUUGAGCGCCGAGUAGGCACCUCGUCAGGCAGGCAGUGAACCAGCCAGACUAUUCGCCU